CAAACAUCAAUAUAAAGAUAGACAAUUACUAUAUUAUUUUAAAUAUAUUCUUUAAGUUCGGCUUUAUAAUCUUGGUUCCGGCGUAUUUAAGUGUGUUGCUUAUAUGUUUCUGAAAGCUAGUACUGAACCCGAGUUUUCAACGGACUUCCACAUAACCUCAAUACUCAAAAUCUUUUAAGAACUUUCUACAAAGAGUAAUUUUAACGAAUUAUAGUAAUAAGCUCUUUUCCGAAUAAAACAUCUAUAGUCUUUCAUUCACAGCACCUACCUAUAAAUGCUUAAACAAAUUCAGUAGGUAUUCUUGUGUUUUCAUUUUCAGGAUUGUUCACCUUCUUCUGUUUUCCUUUUUUUUAUUUUCUCUUACUAUAUUUUAAUAUUCUUUCCAAUGCUCUUUUACUUUUUUUAUAGGGGUACUUGAUAAACAUUUUCUUUGCUGUGAGAUAUGCAAGUGUUCAUUUUUGAACAUAGGCUACAGAAGAAUAUUCUCUAGUCUAUAGUACUCUUUGACUUUUCUUCCUUGUUUUCUUUACUGUCAAUUCAUCCCCGCCUCAGUGUCUUUUCGCGCCUUGCAAAGUGUAUUAGUUUUUGGAACACAAACAAAAGAUCAAUGCCUGCUUGUUAUUCAUCAGAAUUUUUAACUUUACCUUCAAAGUAUGAAAAGGACGAAUAUUUUCGACCUUUAAAGAAUAACUCGUCCUAUUCUCAAAUUGCACAAGUCGACUUACUCAAAAAUAUCUUUUACGAUUUAAAGAGUGUGAAAGCAAGAAAACCGCAUCCACACCUUCCCGUAUGUAGCUCACCUCUGAGGAAUCAGGUUCCUUAUUUUGAUGAUCCUAAUUUAAUUAACGACCACCAAACCUCAACAUUUGAAGACCAAUUUCGCUUUUGGAUCUCACGCUCAAAGAAGUCUGUAUACUCCAAUUUCUUUGGUUCACCACUUGAUUUUCAGUUACAAUCGAAACGAAAGGUGCUAUGGGGAAGAUUUGUGGGUUCAUACGAAGAAACGCUUUUUAACUGCAAAAUGCCUCUUAACCCUUCACAGUAUCUUCCAUUUGUAGUCGAUAUUGGGGUCAUUUCUCGCUGUAAAUGUCUCUCUUCAUUAGUAUGUCCACCUCAUUUCAAGAUGCGCUUUUGGUCUGCGUAUUAUAUAACCGAUGACAGCGAUUUUCAAUCGCCUUACGUUGGUCAGUUUUAUGUGUCUGAAUACAAAACUCAAAAACAUAGGAAAAGAAAAACAGUAUAUGGAUAUCAAAUUCCUCAGGUUGGCCAACUGCAAUUGAUAAUUAAGAGCUUGGAUGGUAUACUCAUGAAGGUUUUCUUAAUUCAGUACGACCUUUCGGAUAUGCCUACUGAGUCGCGCGCGUCUAUACGUCAGACAAUAUAUUUGGAUCCAUUUUGUGAUGGUGCAGAAUCUUCUUCGAAACAUUUAAAGUAUGGUGUUCAUCUGCAAGUCCGCUCUUCUUUCGAUAAUCAAUAUUUUUUGCAUGGGGUUCAGAGAGUCAUUUUUUCAAGUUGCUCAUUACUGAAUUCCAAAAAUACAGUAGUGGUCAACAAGCAACCUUAUCCUUAGUAUUGCGUUUUGAAUCCGGAUGAUAAUGGAUUGGCUAAGAAGCAUUUUGUUAAUUUACAUUUUGGUAUCGAUGAAAACUACCCAAACUCUUUUUAUUUACUCCUGUACUUUCUUUCGUCUUGGUGUAAUAGACAAAGCAGUACAUUUAUGUUCUUAUGAUUAUUUUAUGACUUGAUAUAUGUUUAAAUUUAUUCUCUAACUUUUUACGACUUAAUAUCAUUGUUCGUUUGAACUAGUG